GGAGCCCUUAGUUUCCCUUUUCCCUGGUGAGAAGCGUGGCGGGGGUGGGGCUGUGGUCUGGGGCCCGGUCCGAGGGUGAGGACCAGGAGCUGAGGCAGUGAGGGGGCAAAUGACCGUGUGUUGGGGAGAGAGCGGGUGGGCACCCCUUGGAGGCCGUCCUCACCAUCCUGGUAGUGUGGCGGGGGAUCACCACUGGGAAGUGGGUGUACCUCUCCCCACAGAAGCAGUGUCUACCCCCUCUGCCUCUCCUCUCUCUUGUCCUUUCUCUUUUGGGGUGAAGGGAAGGGGCGGAUCAUGCACGCUUUGUUCUGCCCUGCCCUCCCAGACGCUGCCCUGUCGCCCGCAGCAGUGAGGGGGAGCCGCCCAGUUUUAGGGGCUAAGGUGGUGACCACGCAAGUUUAUCAGGGUCUCUGAGGAACUACACUAUUGGAAUGUCUGACUCCCUAAAGGGCAUGUACCAUUGGAAUGUUCUUUCUCUAGUCCCCGGGGCUCCCCGGCUUCCCUAAAACUCCGGGAUGAGGGUAGUGGGAGUUAGAACAUGUUGGGACUAGGGCUGUGGGCAGAGCAGGAAGGACCAGAUGCGUGAUACCCCCAAGCCGGACACCUGACGGGGCGGGCUCCUGUGGUGAGCAGGGCUCUUAAAUCUAGGAUGGGGGGUUCAGGCUCUCUGCGUGCCGGUGGGGCGUCCUCCCAAGGAGGCGGUGUUGUGCUCAGAGGCUGGCAGGGGCUUCUCUGGGACCAGUGGCCACACUGGAUCCUCCUGCCCCCUUGUCUUGCUCCUGCACAGUCAUUCCGCCGAUUCCUCCAAGACAGGCCUCUCUGGUGUGGCCCUCAGCAAAUUCUGCUCCUUCAGAGUGUGAGGAAGGGCCCCCUUUCCUGGCCCUAGAGCAGGACAGACUUUUUAUCUGUUUAUCUGGCUUCCCAGAGGCCCUUCUGGCUAGAGGGGGGGGGGGGUGUGUGUACUUGGCUACCAGAAGCGUUGUGGGGAGAAGAGGAAUGAGCUCGGGGACUCUCCUCCUCUCCUCUGAGUUGUAGGGACUCCUCUCUGCUCUGCUGUGCCUUCUGCCCCCAGCAGCUCCCUACACCCUCACGGCGUUGGUUGGAAUUAGUCCUUCAUGGUGCCCUAAUGUGGGGCAAGUUCUUAAACCCCAUUCUUUAGCCUGUUAUGUAUCUUAGGACACCCUCCUCCAACCCCAGAUGGGGCGUUCCUGCAGGAACCCCAGGCCCCCAGUGAUGUCCUUGCCUGGCUCUCGGCUUGCUUCUGCUUUCUCAGUUUUGCCCCUUCCUAGUUCUGAGACCUCAGACAGAGGAGGUAACUUUUUGAAGCCUCACCCGUAAAACGGAGUUAAUAGUACACCCUACCUCUUUGGUUUACGAGGCUAAGUGAAGGCACGGAGAGCCUCCGCACGGCGCCUGGCUCCUAGGGAGCGCUCGGUGGAGUGGUUUGGGGUCUCGCUGAUCAUGGUGGGGGGCAGCGCUGAGUUGGGAAGCAGAGCGAGGUGUUGGCCCGGCUCUCCUGGCAGACCACGUUGGGCACUGCCCGCUGUCUGCCCGGCGCCGUGGGAAGCGCCGCGGAGAGGGGCGGAUGAAACGGGCUUUCACAGGGAGACGUGCGGAAACACGUCGAGCUGCUGCAGCCCCGUGAGUGCCGUGUGGAGGUGUGUUCCGGAGGCCACCGGAGCCUGGAGCCAGAGUGCUCGGCCCUGCGGUGGGUGUCCGGGAAGGCCCUGGAAGGAGAUGUGCCAUUUGCUGGCUGUUUUUUUGAACAGGUGAAACUCACAUAACAUAAAUUAACCAUUUAAAAAGCAAAAGAUUUUAUUUGCUAGAGAUAGCGAGAGCGAGAGUGCACAAGCAGUAGAGGGAGAGGGAGACGCAGGCUCCCUGCUGAGCAGGAAGCCCGAUGCGGGGCUGGAUCCCAGGACCCUGAGAUCGUGACCUGGAUGCUUCGCGGACGGAGCCCUUCAGGUACCCCUGAAAUUGACCAUUUUAAAGUGCGCGUUGGCAUUUAGUACGUUGGCAGUGUUGUCCAAGCGUGGCCUCUGUCUGAAAGCCUUUCCCCCACACCGAAAGGAGACUUGUCUGCAAAGCAGUUGCACCCCUGCUCCUGGCAACCACCGGUCAUUCAGAACAUUUACCUGUUCAGGAUGUUUCAUAGAAAUGAAAUUAUACAACGUGUGACCUCUUCUGUCUGUCUGUCUGCCUUCGCUGGGCACCUGCUCUUCAGGGCUCCUCCCUGUGAGAACAGGUGUCAGAACCUUAGUCCUUUUCACGGCUGAAUCGUAUUCCAUGGUGUGGAUGGACUUUAGCAGGAUGGAUAGUAUGAGCCGGGCAGACGGGGCGGGGCCCGCGGGGGCUCUGCAGGUCCACGCCAUGCGUGCCGAAGGAUCGGGGGUGUUGCUGAGCGGCACGCAGCAUGAUACUGUUGGAUCUUAGGUUACGGUGGGGACCUGGCCUCAGUUUCCCUGCCUGUAGAAGGAAGUCCCCUGAGGUUGGUGGCGUUGGAAGCAAUAGGGAGGGAGAGUCUGGGAUCCUGUUGCCCUUCGCAGGGUCUGCGUGGAGGACGGGACUUCCUUGCUCUCUCCUCAUCUUUCCCAGGUGGCUCCGUACUGUUCACAUCUGCCCUCGGCCCUACCUGUCCUUCAGCUCUACCGGACGCCAACUUCCCCAUCUCUGAAUUGACCUGACAUUUCUUCUCUCACCAUCUCCAGACCCCCGCCCCCUCCAGCCUUCCCUGCUCUGGCCUGCCUCCUGGUGACCUGACCCAGACGGCCCUCCUGUGAUCUGGAGAGAAGGGAGGAGGCCAUGGGAACCGGAAGUGGGACCAUGGCAGGUGCACCCUGUAAAGGGCGAAGAGGUGGGAACUGACGUUUCAUUGUUCCCGACUCCGUGAUGUUCUGUCUACGCUAUUUUGUGGAAAACUCUUCACCUUCUGCAGUAGGAGCUCUUCCUCCCUUUCACUGGCCUGAACACGGGUUUAGAGAAGCCUUGGCUACUCCGAGGACCAGGCGUCUCAUGGAGGAACCUGGUGUCGCUCUUGAGAGGAGCACGCAAAGCCAGAGCUUUAGUGAGGUCUGACGGGGGAGGCCAAACAGGCGUGCCCGAGAUGUGGCCGAGGUGUCUUUCUCUGGGUUGCAUGUUUUUAUCUUGGAACAUAGGGUUGCCUCUGGAAGGCCUCCUUCCUCCAGGAACGCCGCUUGAUUUUCUCUGAGACAAGCCCACCCGUCCAGCAAGAUAGAGUCCCUCAGGGUGACGGUUGAUUUCCUGAAGGUGCCCCUUGGCCUGAAGAAGCCGGUGCUGAAGGAGGCGGCUGUGGGGCCCCCCAGAAGGCCCCAGCCCGUGGCCCUGGAGCGCUACAAGGCACGGCGUUCGGACGCCAUGGACACCGAGUCCCAGUACUCGGGCUAUUCCUACAAGUCGGGCCACUCCCGCAGCUCCCGCAAGCACAGGGACCGCCGGGACCGGCACCGCUCCAAGAGCCGCGAUGGGAGCCGCGGUGACAAGUCCGUGACGAUCCAGGCUCCAGGGGAGCCCCUGCUGGACAACGAGUCCACGCGAGGGGAUGAACGGGAUGACAACUGGGGGGAGACGACCACAGUGGUAACAGGCACCUCAGAGCACAGCAUCUCCCACGAUGACCUCACGCGCAUCGCCAAGGACAUGGAGGACAGCGUCCCACUGGACUGCUCCCGUCACCUGGGUGUGGCGGCGGGGGCCACGCUGGCACUGCUGUCCUUCCUCACGCCGCUGGCUUUCCUGCUGCUGCCCCCGCUGCUGUGGCGGGAGGAGCUGGAGCCCUGCGGGACGGCCUGUGAAGGCCUCUUCAUCUCCGUGGCCUUCAAGCUGCUCAUCCUGCUGCUGGGCAGCUGGGCCCUGUUCUUCCGGCGGCCCAAGGCCUCGCUGCCGCGCGUCUUCGUGCUGCGCGCGCUGCUCAUGGUGCUGGUCUUCCUGCUCGUGGUGUCCUACUGGCUCUUCUACGGCGUGCGCAUCCUGGACGCCCGCGAGCGCAGCUACCAGGGCGUCGUCCAGUUCGCUGUGUCGCUGGUGGACGCCCUGCUCUUCGUGCACUAUCUGGCCGUGGUCCUGCUGGAGCUGCGCCAGCUGCAGCCCCAGUUCACGCUCAAGGUCGUGCGCUCCACUGACGGCGCCAGCCGCUUCUACAAUGUGGGCCACCUCAGCAUCCAGCGAGUGGCAGUGUGGAUCCUGGAGAAGUAUUACCAUGACUUCCCUGUCUACAACCCCGCCCUCCUCAACCUGCCCAAGUCCGUCCUGGCCAAGAAAGUGUCUGGCUUCAAGGUGUACUCCCUCGGAGAGGAAAACAGCACCAACAACUCCACGGGCCAGUCCCGGGCUGUGAUCGCGGCGGCUGCUCGGAGGAGGGACAACAGCCACAACGAGUACUACUACGAGGAGGCAGAGCACGAGCGGAGGGUGCGCAAGCGGCGGGCCAGGCUUGUGGUGGCGGUGGAGGAGGCCUUCACGCACAUUAAGCGGCUGCAGGAGGAGGAGCAGAAGAACCCCAGGGAGGUGAUGGACCCCCGGGAGGCGGCGCAGGCCAUCUUUGCCUCCAUGGCUCGGGCCAUGCAGAAGUACCUUCGCACCACCAAGCAACAGCCCUACCACACCAUGGAGAGCAUCCUCCAGCACCUGGAGUUCUGCAUCACUCACGACAUGACGCCCAAGGCCUUCCUGGAGCGGUACCUGGCGGCCGGACCCACCAUCCAGUACCACAAGGAGCGCUGGCUGGCCAAACAGUGGACGCUGGUGAGCGAGGAGCCGGUGACCAAUGCGCUCAAGGACGGCAUCGUUUUCCUCCUGAAGCGCCAGGACUUUAGCCUGGUGGUGAGCACCAAGAAGGUCCCCUUCUUCAAACUCUCCGAGGAGUUUGUGGACCCCAAGUCGCACAAGUUCGUCAUGAGGUUGCAGUCUGAGACCUCGGUGUGAUGGAGCCGCAGGGCCGGGGCGCAGGUCCCACGGGCGGGGGCGCGCUCGGCCCCCACUUCUGCCACCCUUCGGGCCCUGCCCCCGUUCCCUUUUACUUGAAUUGAGCCCCACCCGUCUGCCCCCUUCCUCCCUGGUUGCCCCACGGGGGCCUCAAGAGGCCCCUGCGUCGUCAGCAGAGCCUGGGAAGCUCGCCCUCCGUCCCCAGCCCUCACUUGGUGUCAUCGUGCAGGAAGCCCUGCCUCUCCCUCUCUCCCUCCCGGGUGGCGCUCUCUCCUGAGCCCCCAGCGCCCCCCCAAACCAGGUUCUGGUAGCAGUUUCCGCCUGUGGCCCCGAUG